ACAAAACAGUGAUACAGCGCAGGUCGCGCAAACACCUCCUUCGGUCACGUGACCUCCGAGAGGAAGUAAACGCCGUCGCGUUUCACGUCACGUGGCUCCACAGGGUUGCUUACGACGAGAGAGAAAGAGGAGGGUGUUGCGAGUGCGAAGCUCUUCACUGAUUGCGGUGCGCGUGCGCAGCCUCUAGCUGUCAUCCGCGUACAGAACAACAAGUCCCACCAAACGAGGAAGGGGGGCGCAAAUAGUUACAACCGCGGACGGAAGCGUCGAGGAAGUGCGGUAGGUCUUGGUAGGCUCCUACUUCCGCGUGCCCUGGCGCUGUGAAUCCUUCCAUGUCCAGUUUCCCUAUACAUAGCUGGGAAGUGACCUGUUUGUUCGGGUUAUGUAGAAGGCAGGUGUCAAGUCAUCAGCAGGUAUAACAUUGAGCAGACAUGGCUGCUCAAUCAUUGGACCCUCCUCUAAACCCAAGCUGUAAAAUUAUGACUUUUCAGCCUACAAUGGAUGAAUUCAGGGAAUUUAACAAGUAUUUGGCUUACAUAGAAUCAAAAGGUGCUCAUCGUGCUGGACUGGCAAAGGUGAUUCCUCCCAAGGAAUGGAAGCCAAGGAAAUGCUAUGACGACAUUGAUGGUCUGAUUAUACCAGCUCCAAUUCAGCAGAUGGUUACUGGUCAGUCGGGGCUUUUCACUCAGUACAACAUUCAGAAAAAGCCAAUGACUGUGAAGGAGUUCAGGCAACUUGCCUACAGUGACAAAUACUGUACCCCAAGACAUUUAGACUAUGAAGACCUAGAACGAAAAUACUGGAAAAAUUUAACUUUUGUGGCACCAAUUUAUGGAGCAGAUAUUAAUGGAAGCAUAUAUAAUGAAAAUGUUAACGAAUGGAACAUAGCUCAUCUUAAUACUAUAUUGGAUGUUGUAGAAGAAGAUUGUGGAAUCUCAAUUGAGGGAGUCAACACUCCUUAUCUGUAUUUUGGCAUGUGGAAGACAACGUUUGCAUGGCACACUGAAGAUAUGGAUCUCUACAGUAUUAAUUACCUCCACUUUGGAGAACCAAAAUCUUGGUAUGCUAUCCCACCAGAACAUGGAAAGCGACUUGAACGACUAGCUCAAGGAUUCUUCCCAAGCAGCUCUCAAGGAUGUGAUGCUUUUCUACGCCACAAGAUGACAUUAAUUUCUCCCUCAAUAUUGAAAAAAUACGGAAUUCCUUUCAACAAAAUCACACAGGAGGCAGGAGAGUUUAUGAUCACUUUCCCAUAUGGAUACCAUGCAGGAUUUAAUCAUGGUUUCAAUUGUGCAGAGUCAACGAACUUUGCAACAAUCAGAUGGAUUGACUAUGGAAAAGUAGCCAAGUUGUGUACCUGCAGGAAAGACAUGGUGACUAUAUCAAUGGAUAUCUUUGUGAGGAAAUUUCAACCAGACAGAUACCAGCUGUGGAAACAAGGGAAGGAUGUAUACUCCAUUGAUCAUACAAAACCCACCCCUGAAAUGACACCUGAGGUAAAGGCCUGGUUGCAGAGAAGGAGGAAAGCAAAGAGAUAUUCCAGCUUCCAGCACACCCGAUCACGGUCAAAAAAGCUUAAAACUCCAGAGGACAAGAAGGUAUCAACCAUAGUGGUUGGCACAGAAAUCACAGCCAUUGAAGCAGCUGCAGAUAGCUUCAAGGUCAAAGAAGAGCCAUCAGAAAAAGUAAAGGCAGUAAACACAGGAGUACCAUCUGGGGAAGAACAAGAUGUAAGAAGGAUGCAGAGAGAUCAGAAUUUGUUGGAUAACAAAAAGGUCUCAGGUCACAACUCUUCAAACUCACAUCUUAGCCAUGGUCCUCUAAUUAAAAAAAUACAUUCUGAAGCUGAAGAGAAAGGAGACCCCACCUUUGUGCAUUUUUGUUCUGAGGAAUCUGCACUGGCAUUACUUUCAUCUGCUAGCUGUUAUCGGGAAGAAAAUUUGAUCACUUCAAAUACUUCAAGGCAGGCUUUUGAGUACGCUUCUUCCGAAGCCGAGAGCUUGGAGAAAGAAGAAACUAGUAGCUUGUCUACAGAAGAGGAUGAUAUCAGUGAUAUUGAAAGCAGUGAAAAUGGCUUGGAGCCUGGAGAAAUAUCACUAGUAACUGAAGGAGAGAGAACAAAAACAUCUAAAAGUUGGCGUCAUCCACUAAGUAAACCCCCUGCCAGAUCACCUAUGACACUAGUUAAACAACAAGCAAUAAGCGAUGAAGAGCUGCCGGAGUCUCUCUUAAUUGAAGAAGAAAUACAAGAAACAGAGUCCUGGGCCAAGCCUCUUGUCUACCUUUGGCAGAACAGAGUACCAAAUUUCACUGCUGAAAAGGAAUACAAUGCAGCUGUUGCCAAAUUGGAACCCUGCUGUGCCAUCUGCACGCUCCUCAAGCCUUACUACAAGGCUGACAAACCUAAUGAAGAAAACUAUACUUGCUCAGCAACAAAACAAAGGGAAAUAUUUGUGACCAGCGAAAAGACAAAACCACUUAUUCCAGAGAUAUGUUUUAUUUAUAGUGAGGAGAACACUGAAAACUAUCCAUCUAAUGGCUUUAUUGAAGAAGAUGGAACAAGCCUGCUGAUUUCCUGUGUGAAGUGUUGUGUACAGGUCCAUGCAAGUUGCUAUGGUGUUCCUUCCCAUGAAAUCCAUGAUGGAUGGCUAUGUUCUCGAUGCAAAAGAGGAGCCUGGACAGCAGAAUGCUGUCUGUGUAAUUUGAGAGGUGGAGCACUCAAGCAAACUACUGACAGAAAGUGGGCUCAUGUUAUGUGUGCAAUUGCUAUUCCAGAAGUGAGAUUUGUUAAUGUCAUAGAGAGGACACCAGUUGACACAAGCAGUAUACCUUUGCAGAGGUUAAAACUGAAAUGUAUCUUCUGCCGACAAAGAAUUAAGAAAAUAUCUGGUGCCUGCAUCCAGUGUUCUUACGGACGUUGUCCAGCUUCUUUCCAUGUUACAUGUGCUCAUGCUGCAGGGGUGCUGAUGGAACCAGAUGACUGGCCUUAUGUUGUCUAUAUCACAUGUUUCAGGCACAAAGUCGGUCAAAAUGUGAAAACCAAAGCCUUCGAAAAAGCAGUUUCAGUCGGGCAAACCGUUGUAGCGAAACACAGGAAUACACGAUACUAUAGCUGCAGAGUAAUAGAAGUUACAUCUCAAGUUUUCUAUGAAGUCAUGUUUGAUGAUGGUUCCUUCAGCCGGGACACCUUCCCUGAAGACAUUGUGAGCAGAGACUGCCUGAAGCUAGGCCCACCUGCAGAGGGAGAAGUUGUUCAAGUGAAAUGGCCAGAUGGAAAACUUUAUGGAGCCAAAUAUCUAGGAACCAACAUAGCUUAUAUGUACAAUGUAGAGUUUGAAGAUGGUUCUCAGAUAGCAACAAAAAGGGAAGAAAUCUACACUCUUGAUGAAGAGCUGCCCAAAAGAGUGAGAGCUCGAUUUUCUACAGCUUCUGAUAUGAGGUUUGAAGACACAUUCUAUGGAGCUGACAUUAUACAAGGUGAAAAGAAGAGGCAGAGGGUAUUGAGCUCCAGAUUUAAGAACGAAUAUGUGGAUGACCCUGGAUAUCGCAGUUUCCUGAAAACCUCAUUCCAAAAGAAGUGCCAGAAGGGACUAUAAAAGAAAAAGUGAACUCAUGCUCCCUUGCUCUUUUUCUUUGUGUGUGGAGGGUACGCAAUUAUUAAAUGUGGGGUAAAAGAAGGAUAGAAGUCAUCAUCAUUUUGAAGAUCUAUCCUUACUGUCAGCCAUCUAGCUUGUGGUUAAAAAUACUGUUUGACACAGACACAGAGAGCCCUUUUUAACUAAAGGGCCCAAAUUUGGUGGGCUAAUAUGUUAAGAACUGUAUGUCUGGUUCACAUCAAGGAUUGAUCCGUGUCGUAUUGGGAAUGAGAGUCCCUGCCAAUAACAUGCAUAAGAACCCACAGUAUCACAAAUUGAUGAGCUCUUAGUCUUGCCUCCCACUGACAGUUGCAAGAGAAGUUAUACUUAUCUAGAUGUGGAUCUUCCUUCAGCCUCCAGAGUCUAGAAUUUGCAAUGACUUGUACAUUUUCCACAGAUAGGUUCAGCCUUUUUUGUUGCUAUGAAAUAGCUUUUUUUAUAUUAUAUAAUUUCAAAGCUUUUCCAAAACAAAUGCAAGUAUAAACAGCAUUGAGAUCCACAAAUGCUGCUGUACUGUCAUAACUUUGUACAGUGCUUCCUGCACUCUUUAUGCCUUCCCUGCUUUCAGUACUCUCUGGCCAUGACUCAGUUGUUGAAAUGGGAUUGGGGGAGGUUAUCUGUUAAGAUAUGGGGCAGGUGCUUCUAAAGAAGGAAAUCUUCAGGAAAGGAUGGUGGGUGUAUAUUUAAAGAGGGAAAUUUUUGGCAUCUAUUUUUAAACUUCUUUUCAUGAUGCUCUUGGGGUGGGCAGGAAAUGGCAAUUUGUACAAUAAAAUGUAUUUCAUUGUGUUUGUAAAAUUGGAGUUUACAUAUCUUUGCUUGGCAGACUAGUUUUGAACGAAUGUAAUAUAGUAAUAUAAUAUGGUCUUCCCUUUUUAAAUAAUAGUCUAAAAAUGUAAUAGUGUUUGAAAUAAAUAAAUGAUGUCCCUUUGCUUACUAA